CUGGUUUUGUCACUGUUAAAUCCAGACGAGCAUCGGCCACAGAUAAACCAAAACAUUUGUUUUCAGACAAGAUUUAUUAUCUUUUUGAAAAAUGAAAUUCGGGAAAGAUUUCUCGUCGCAGAUGGUACCGGAAUGGCAUGAAGCUUACAUGAAUUACAGUUCUCUCAAGUUUCACUUAAAAGAAAUCAUCAAAUUCAAACGCAUAAACAAUCAUAACGGUGACGGCCAUCAUCACGAAGAAGGCCUUCGCCGGAAGCUGACUCUGCUCCGAACAUUCAGCGGUUUACUCUCGACGCCGGGACCAAGAAGACAUCAACACGGCGGAGACAGACACGGACACGGUGGUGGACAGAUCGGCCAUUCCUCAAAUUACGACGACGACAUCGAGGAAGGAUUGAAGUCAGCGCCGAUUGUGGUGCAGUCGACGAGUCACGGCUACCAGACGACGUUUCUGAUGGCGGCCGGGCAAGGAGGAGAGUACGAGACGCUGUUUUUCCGGCGAUUAGACGACGAAUUAAACAAAGUGGAGAAAUUCUAUAAAAACAAAGUGAAAGAAGUGGAAAAAAAAGCUAGUGAGCUUAACAGUCAGAUGGAUCUUCUUAUCGCGUUUCGGCAGAAAGUAGAGGAUUCUAAUGGUUGCCGGGAGGAACGGACGGUGGAGAUGACUCGAUUAGCUUCUGGUGUCGACAAUUUCGCGGCGGUCGUCAAUGCUUCUGCUUCCGCCGGAGCUAGCUUCAACAUGAGGGCUGGAGCUCAGUCUCACAUGGAGGUAACACAGGAAGGAGGAUCGUGCAAAGCUGGUAAAUCUGAAGAAGAUGACGAUGAUAAUGAUGCAGAGCAAGAAGAAGAUAACGUCGUCUCUGACGAUGACAAAAGUCGACUGAAAGCUGCGAGGCCAUCUCCGAUCAAGGUUUUGGACCGUGUUAAGAUCAAUCACACCAAGGAUACGCCUCGGUCCACCAUUAAAGGCGUUCUCAAGCUCUCGAACACGGAGUCUAAGUAUACCAGAGAUAAUCUGAGGUAUUCCGAGAAGAAGCUCAGGCGCGCCUACGUCGAGUUUUACCAGGAGCUUCGGCUACUCAAGAGCUACAGCGAUCUGAAUGUAAUGGCGUUUUCGAAGAUAUUGAAGAAGUAUGAUAAGAUAACUUCGAGGCAUGCGAGAGAGCAUUACAUGAACAUGGUUGAUAACUCUUGCCAUGGAUGGCCUGAUGAGGUGGUUAGGCUCAUGGAGGGCGUUGAAGCUACGUUCAUAAAGCACUUCACAAAUGAUAACAGAUCAAAAGGAAUGAAAAUCUUGAGACCCAAAGUUAAAAGAGAGAGGCAUCGUAUUACAUUCUCCACAGGUUUCUUAGGCGGAUGCGUGUUUUCUCUAGUGGUGGCUCUAUUCGCCAUCAUACGCACCCGACACAUUUUGCAGAAGGAAGGCCAAGAACAGUACAUGAACACCAUGUUCCCUCUUUACAGCUUGUUUGGGUUCAUCGUGCUGCACAUACUAAUGUAUGCUGGAAAUAUAUACUAUUGGAGGCGAUAUCGAGUGAAUUAUUCUUUUAUAUUGGGGUUUAAGCAAGGAACUGAACUCGGCUAUAGACAAGUCCUACUUGUGGGGUUCAGCAUUGGAGUCUGUGCGCUUCUUUGUGUUAUCGCCAAUCUUGACAGGGAGCUUGACCCCGAAACUAAAGAUUACGAAGCAUUAACCGAACUUCUUCCUCUUUUCCUCCUCAUUGUUCUGUUUAUAGUUCUAAUCCUACCAUUCAACAUAUUCUAUCGCUCGAGUCGCUUAUUCUUCCUCACAUGCCUCUUUCACUGCCUUGCUGCUCCUCUUUACAAGCUAACAAGUCAGGUGCAAGCUCUUCGAAGCAUCCAGUUUUACAUAUGUCACUACGGUUGGGGAGAUUACAAACAUAGAAUGAACACUUGCACAGACUCAGAUGCCUACAAUGCUUUCUUAUUCAUUCUUGCUGCCGUCCCAUACACCUGGCGUCUCCUUCAGUGCUUGAGACGGCUGUUUGAAGAGAAAAACGCAGAACAAGGAUACAAUGGCAUCAAGUACUUCUUGACUAUAGUGGCUGUCUGCUUGAGGACGGCUUACAGACAUCCAAGAACCGUUGGCUCAGGGAUGAACUCCUUGUCCCGCAAAAGAACGUCUACUUCAUCGCCAUGGUUAGAGAACGAGCAUUUGAACAAUGUUAGAAAGUACAAAGUGGCCAAGACGGUUCCAUUACCGUUUAACUACGGCGAGGAUGUCGACAAAGACAACUAAUGAUAUAAACAAAAAAUAAGCUAAGAAAUAUGUGUAAGGUAGGCGGUAAUUUAUAUACUCGUAAUAAAGUUGGAUG